GCCGCUGCGCGACUCGAUGCCCCGACCGGAAGUGCUCUUCACCGCCGGCCUCCCACCCGGCUCUCUGGUCUGGGCGGUAAGAUGGCGGCUACCGCGGAGUGCGAUGUGGUAAUGGCGGCGACCGAGCCAGAGCUGCCGGACGAAGAAGGAGCGAAGAGGGAAGCAGAGUCUUUCAAGGAACAAGGAAAUGCAUACUAUGCCAAGAAAGAUUACAAUGAAGCUUAUAACUAUUAUACAAAAGCCAUAGAUAUGUGUCCUAAAAAUGCUAGCUAUUAUGGGAAUCGAGCAGCCACCUUGAUGAUGCUUGGAAGGUUCCGGGAAGCUCUUGGAGAUGCACAGCAGUCAGUGAGGUUGGAUGACAGUUUCGUCCGGGGACAUCUACGAGAAGGCAAAUGCCACCUAUCUUUAGGGAAUGCCAUGGCAGCCUGUCGCAGCUUCCAGAGAGCCCUAGAAUUGGAUCACAAAAAUGCUCAGGCACAACAGGAGUUCAAGAAUGCAAAUGCAGUCAUAGAAUAUGAGAAAAUAGCAGAAACGGAUUUUGAGAAGCGGGAUUUUCGGAAGGUGGUUUUCUGCAUGGAUCGUGCACUAGAAUUUGCCCCUGCUUGCCAUCGCUUCAAAAUCCUCAAAGCAGAAUGUUUAGCAAUGCUGGGUCGUUAUCCAGAAGCACAGUCUGUGGCUAGUGACAUUUUACGAAUGGAUUCCACCAAUGCAGAUGCUCUGUAUGUACGAGGUCUUUGCCUUUAUUAUGAAGAUUGUAUUGAGAAGGCGGUUCAGUUUUUUGUACAGGCUCUCAGGAUGGCUCCUGACCAUGAGAAGGCCUGUGUUGCUUGCAGAAAUGCCAAAGCACUGAAAGCAAAGAAAGAAGAUGGAAAUAAAGCCUUUAAAGAAGGAAAUUACAAGCUAGCAUAUGAACUGUACACAGAAGCCCUGGGGAUAGACCCCAACAAUAUAAAAACAAAUGCUAAACUCUACUGUAAUCGGGGUACGGUUAAUUCCAAGCUUAGGAAACUAGAUGAUGCAAUAGAAGACUGCACAAGUGCAGUGAAGCUCGAUGACACUUACAUAAAAGCCUACUUGAGAAGAGCUCAGUGUUACAUGGACACAGAACAGUAUGAAGAAGCAGUGCGGGACUAUGAAAAGGUGUAUCAGACGGAGAAAACAAAAGAACACAAACAACUCCUUAAAAAUGCACAGAUGGAACUAAAGAAGAGUCAGAGGAAAGAUUACUACAAGAUUCUGGGCGUGGACAAGAACGCCUCUGAGGAUGAGAUCAAGAAAGCUUAUCGGAAACGGGCCCUGAUGCACCAUCCAGAUCGGCACAGUGGAGCCAGUGCCGAAGUUCAGAAGGAGGAGGAGAAAAAGUUCAAGGAAGUUGGAGAAGCUUUUACCAUCCUCUCUGAUCCCAAGAAAAAGACUCGCUAUGACAGUGGACAGGACCUGGAUGAGGAGGGCAUGAAUAUGGGUGAUUUUGAUGCAAACAACAUCUUCAAGGCAUUCUUCGGCGGGCCUGGGGGCUUCAGCUUUGAAGCAUCUGGUCCCGGGAAUUUCUUUUUUCAAUUUGGCUAAUGAAAGGAAACCAUCCAGAAUCCAGAAAAUGCCGACUUGCUCAGUUUAACCUUGAAUGUGGACACAGUUCACCUCCUCCCUUCAUCAUGUCUCCAUGUACUUAGAGCAGUUUCGUUUUCUCAGUUGGAUGCCCUGUGUCUGUGAGUGGGGUGAAGGAAAGGGAGCCAGCACUGAAGACUGCGGGGAGGGGAGGGAGGCGGGGGGUGGACAGGG